UGUGAUUAUCGUAUGUAUUGUGUAACUUUGGUAAACACGAUUAUAAAGAACCAUGUAAAAGAAAAUAUUUCUUUAUAAUCGCGGUGUCAAACUGACAAGUUACUGAUAUCACGGAAUAUAAAAAAUAAUUAUCGUGACACGGAUACAUACAUAAUAUUAUUAUAAUACACGUAGAUAGGAGUAUAUUCUAGAGUGUAAGUUAUAGAGUACGUAGUUGUACUCACGGUUAGAAAGAAUUAUAAUCGUAUAAUGAUGUAUAAUGAUCUAAGGUUGUAUUAGGGCACUGUAGUUACUACAGUAAUGCUACGCCGCCAUUUUUUGACCAAUAAUGUUAUGUGAAUAUGAAUUUUCCCCACUUCAUUUUGUUGUCGAUAAAUGAGUCGCAAAACGGUGGCACAGCAUUAUAAUAUUAUGUAGAGCUUAUUAAGUUGUACCAGACUGUAAAAUAUGAACCUAUUUCUCCAUGAAUUUUUACUUACAACAAAAAUGCUCGAUCGCUAUUGGCUGACAUAAAAGCUGAUAUGGUUAAUCGGACGGUUCUGACUUCUGACAUUCUACAACUCACAACAACUCUUGACUGGUGUACUAGUGAGAGUUCUUUCUUAUUAUAAAAUAUUAUGAUCUAGAGUGACGACAUUGUUAUUUGACGAAAAUUCAAAAUGGAUGAUUCAAGUAUUCUAGCAUGGACUGACGUGGAUACAGUGGAAACCAUUUCUCUUUCAUCUUUGGAUAUAGAUUCUUGUGUUGAUACUCCUGAUCAAGUCAAUCAAAUUUGUCUACCGCCUGAAUUGUUGGAAAAAAUUGUUUGUUAUUUUGAUGGCAAGACUUUGCUUAAAUUCAAACAGUUAUCAAAGACAUGUAAUGAUAUUGCUAAUAAUGCACUUCGUUAUAAUAAACUAUGGAAAAAAUAUUGCCUCGGAGAAAUACCAAAGAAAUAUUUAAUUGAUAUGUUCACUAAACAAUGUGAUAAAAAUAUUCCAUUUGAAUCGCUUUUGGAAAGUCAUUAUGAAGCGGCUUAUAAAAAAUGGAUUCAAUGGCAAAAUCCUGUUUUUAAAUUAACCUGUAUUGGACAACACAAUUUUUUGGGUCUUAAUGGAGUAGUUAAAAUUGUUUGUCACGAACUUGAUGUCAUGAUUGUAUUUCCAAAUUUUAUGUAUUCAUUUACAGUUACAAAAAAUCAGAUCUCAGGAAAAUAUUAUGUCUUAAGUGGUUAUUCAGAAAAUUGCAAACCAGGUGAACUAGUUGUGUUAAAUCCUAGACCUGUCAUAAAUCGAGAAAGUAGAGCAAAUGAUGUUUUCAUCACUUGCCAUGAAAAACAUUCAAAUUUGUGUCCAUUGCAUGACUCAGUUUAUGAUAGGCAUGAUGGAAAUAUGAGAGAUAAUUUUAUUGGAAAACUUGUAGAUGUGGACAUGAACGCUUAUACUAAUGUAUGUUGUUGGGUCCGAGAAACAUGGUACGAAUGGCAUUCAAAUAUUGAUUCAAAUGUUAUCAUGGGCCAUUUAUGCCCACAUUUAAGUUUUAUUUUGUUUACAUCAGUAAUUCAUGGAUUGAUAAUUAGCCGGAAUCAGAUUAAUAGCAUUUUAAUUCAUGGUAUUUUUAAGGAUACAUGUAUAAUUUCUCAUUCGUGGUUGAAGGAUAAAUAUUCAGGAACUUCUGCAAUAUACAUGUAUACAAACAUUUUGUUUGUUGGAACUCUUAAUGGUUUCUUAUUGGCAUAUCGUUUGCGCUGUAUGGAUGAUUUAAUUAAUCUGAAAGACAGAAAUAUGCUGUUAGAAAUAAAAUUGGACAUUGGCCAAAUAAUUAUGUUUGAUAUCAUAGAUUUUGACGACGUUAAAGUCUUAGUUGUUGCAGCGACAAAUAGUGUUCUUUGGUUUAAAAUUGAAUAGAGUAUAUUAUGUGUGUUCAUAAUUAUUUUUAGAGACUGUGUGUUUAUUAUGAAGGAAAACUGGAGACUUAAAUCCUACCCUUAAAAUCCAAAAAAGUUCAGUUUCAUUAUACAAAUUUUUUUUUUUAUACUAAAUAUCUAUUUAUCAUAAUUAAUUUGAGUUAAUGAAAAAAAAAAUUAUAUAUCAUAUAUUACAUCUUAGUAGUUCCUUAAUUUUUAAAUAUAUAGUUUGUUCCAAUACAAAUAUUUAUAUAGUGUAAUACUUUUAACUAUAAAUUUAAUAAAAACUAAUGAUUCAAUUUUCUUUAAAUUAAGUUUUUAUUCAGUGCUGGGCAGUAUUUAAGAUAUGUAUCAGAGAUAUAAUGGUUUUGUAUUGGGAUAAUUUUUUUUGCUUAUAUCCAAUAUAUAUUAAUUUUUUUAAGUAUUUGUAAUUAUUUUUAAAACAUAAUACAAUUUAGUCUUAUGCAUAAACAUUUAUUACUGUUUUUUUUUCUGGUAUAGAAAUAUUUCCUUAGAUUAAUCAACAACUGUGUAUAACCAUAAUAUAUGGUACAUAUAUGUAUACAUCUUCAUAAGUCAUGAUACAAGCAACGCUAUCUCAAAAACUUAAAUAUCUUAUAAAUUCUAUAUUUCUUAUGCUCAACUUGAACAGUAUAUUGAAAUUGUUUACAUUUUAUUCACAGUGAAACCUCCCCUGACGGAUACCUAGCAGACAUUUGCUUGGGGACAAUCAACAAACUGAACCUUCUGAAUAGCGGGAAAAAAUUUCCGUGACCAAGAGUGUUCAUUAAAGAUGUGUAGAGGUUCACUGUAUUUAAUUUUUGCAAAUGUAUUAAUUCUACACACAGUAAAGAAAAGAGUUUUAAAAAUAA